AUGGCGGCAGCCGAGUACUACCUGGGCACUGCUGCCUCUGAGCAGAUGGGAAACCAGCAUUACCAACAGCAACCAGCACAUCCAUAUACUCAGCAGCAUCAACCAGUCCAGCAACCUCCACCACGACUUGAAAUCACAGGACCAGACGCUUCAACGUAUUCUUUAGCACCAGAGCAACACCAAAAUCAACAUCAACAACUACAAACUUAUCAACCCCGACCUCAACCUCCUCCUUACCCAGAAGAUCCAAUGUUCCCCCCAUAUCCCAACACCUCCUACGUCCCUCAACAGUCCUCCCACCACCCAUCCCAACAACAACCACCCCCAAACACCUACUUAGGACCUGCACCUCAUCCCGUCAGAAGCCACUCUCAACCACCCCGCGUCCGCUUCGAAGACGAUUCGGACUCGGGCUCAAGCGACGCCUCCUCAAAUCGCCACUCAGCCUCAUCCUCCAGCGAAGAAGCCCGCCGUCGCCACCACCGUAAACACCGUAAACACCGCUCCCACUCCCACACAGACCCGUCAUACUCCCACCACUCCCAUCGCUCACAUUCUCAUUCCCGCUCCCGCCGCCAUCACCGCGACGGUUCCCGCACCCGUGACGACGCCGAGUCCUCGGAUUUCUCCGCCCACGACUCUACAUCUGAAAUCCGACCACGCAGAUCAAGACAUCACCACCAUCGCUCCCCUUCUUCCUCAUCAACCCACCGCCACCACCGUCGUCAUCGUUCCGAACACGCUGAUGACGCUACGCGCGGGAGCUCGACUUCCGGCUCGCGGAAAGACCGCGAUACGUUCCUUGGCGCGGGCGCGGGUGGGUUAAUUGGAGAUGCGAUUUUCCCUGGAUUAGGGGCUGUAGGAGGGUUGUUGCUCGGUGGGUACGGAGGGAGGAAGCAUGGGGACAAAGAGAAGAAGAGGAGCAGGAGGCAUCAUGGGCGGAGUAGGAGCGAGAUUGGGGAUGUGAGGAGAACCAGGGAUAGCGGCGAAAGUGGGUGGGAUGAGGACAGUGCUACGUUCAAGAAGGGGACUGCUGUUAGGUAGGCGGCUUUUUUUUUUGUUUUGUUAUGGGGAAGAUGGGGGGUUUGCUGCUGAGAAGUGGUUAUCUUUGGUAGCUCAAGGUAUGAAUUCCUUGGGGAAUAUACUUUUGUAACCUGCAAGUUGUUGUUAGAUAACCUAGUAAUUACUUUCCGUGUGUUCUCUUCAUCAUUUGUUCUGUGAAUGUUGGAUGUGAGUGGAUUUUUGCUCUAUCGGAGAGAGUGAAAUACACAUAUCCAGAAAAAUGAGGAAUCAACAUUAGUCUACACCAAACUUGAUAUUCCCAAGUAGGGGAUAUCCGAGGCUCCUGAUCUGCGCUGUU